AUGUCUUUUUCAAAUCUCGUCUCCGACAUUGCAUUUAGGGAUUCCCAGGGGGAUGACCGUUCGCAGAUUUCUCGUGCCCAAUCUCGCACAGCUAGAUCCUACACAAGCACGGCUGCUACAAGUGUCAGCAUCUCUGGUGACAUCUCCAGCCAGCUUCAUUCUGGAUAUAGCCACCCAUUGAGCAGAUCAUGGCAAGCGGAAAGGCAAUUGACAAAGGAUAUGUUGAUCUACCCCUUGUUCAUUACCGACAAUCCUGACGAGGAGACUCCUAUUCCUUCACUACCUAAUCAAUAUCGUCGGGGUGUAAACCGACUAGCUCCAUUUCUGGCCCCACUGGUUCGCAAAGGUUUGCGAUCAGUGAUCCUGUUCGGAGUGCCGCUACACCCGGCGGCCAAAGAUGCCCUGGGCACUGCUGCAGAUGAUCCAGCAGGCCCUGUUAUACAAGCUAUUCGGAUUCUUCGGGCUCGUUUCCCUCAACUUUAUAUUACCACUGAUGUCUGUCUCUGCGAGUACACAUCCCACGGCCACUGUGGUAUUCUGCGCGAGGAUGGAACGCUGGAUAACGCGCAAUCAGUCGAUCGGAUCUCCGAUGUGGCCCUAGCAUACGCCAUCGCCGGUGCCCAUUGUGUCGCACCGUCUGACAUGAACGAUGGAAGAGUGCGAGCUAUCAAGCUCAAAUUGAUUGAGGCAGGGCUAGCACAUCGCGUGCUUUUGAUGUCCUACAGCGCGAAGUUCAGCGGCUGUCUAUAUGGCCCCUUCCGUGAUGCAGCUGGCUCAUGUCCCUCAUUUGGGGAUCGCCGUUGUUACCAGCUCCCACCAGGUGGUCGUGGUCUUGCUCGACGGGCCAUCCAGAGAGACAUGGCCGAGGGUGCUGAUAUCAUCAUGGUCAAACCUGCAAGUAGCUACUUAGACAUUAUUAGGGAUGCCAAAGAUUUGGCCCAAGAUCUUCCUGUUGCAGCUUACCAAGUCAGUGGUGAAUUCGCCAUGAUCCAUGCCGGUGCGAAGGCGGGGGUGUUUGACUUGAAAGCCAUGGCCUUUGAAAGUACAGAGGGUAUACUUAGGGCUGGAGCAGGAAUUGUCGUGAGUUAUUUUGUUCCUGAAUUCCUCGACUGGCUCUGA